UGGGUUUGGAUGCAUGGAGGUAUACGUAAUUAAUUAUCUUCCUCCGACAGGGCGACACACUCCUAAAUUGAGUGUUAAUGCCCUAAUAAACUGAGUGAGAGCGCCUACCAACUACAGAGAGAGGGUUAACGUUGUCGAGGGCAGCGCGCUGCAGGCCGCGAGCUUAGCAACCCGGCUUGCGAGAGAACGAACAUGGCGGCGGCGGCGGCGGCGGCGCACGUGCUCGUCUUCCCGUUCCCAGCGCAGGGGCACAUCAACUGCAUGAUGCACUUCGCCACCGGCCUCCUCGGCGCCGGCCUGCACGUCACCUUCCUUCACUCCGACCGCAGCCUCCGCCGCCUCGGUGGCGCCGCGGCCGCGCUGGCCGCCGGCUCGCCGCGCCUCCGCUUCCUGUCCAUCCCCGACGGCCUCCCCGACGACCACGCGCGCGCCGCCGGCGACCUCCUGGAGCACAUGGAGUCGAUCCGGACCAAGGGCAGCGUCGCGUACCGCCGCGUCUUGCUCGCCUCGCUUGUGCGUGCAGGUGACGAUGGCAGCACCGGCGUCCAGUUCCCUCCGGUGACCUGCGUCGUCGCCGACGGCAUCAUGCCGCUCGCCAUCGACAUCGCUGAGGAGAUCGGCGUCCCGGCGCUAGGCUUCCGCACGGUCAGCGCGUGCAGCUUCUUGGCCUACCUGUCGAUUCCAAGGCUGUUCGAGCUCGGCGAGCUGCCGUUCCCGGCCGGCGGCGACCUCGACGAGCCGGUACGCGGCGUCCCGGGCAUGGAGACCUUCCUUCGCCGACGGGAUCUUCCGAGCUUCUGCCGAGGCGGCGGCGGCGGCGACAGCCAGAACGAUCCCAUGCUGCAAACGGUGAACGAGGUCACCGCGCACAGCCGCAAGGCGCGGGCGCUCGUGCUCAACACGUCCGCGUCCAUGGAGGGGCCAGCGCUCGCGCACAUCGCGCCGCACAUGCGCGACGUCUUCGCCAUCGGCCCCCUCCACACCAUGUUCCCGGCGCCGGCGGCCGCGGGCAGCCUGUGGCGCGCGGACGACGGCUGCAUGGCGUGGCUCGACGGGCAGCCGGACCGGUCGGUCGUCUACGUGAGCCUAGGCAGCUUCACCGUCAUCUCGCUGGAGCAGUUCACGGAGUUCCUCCACGGGCUCGUCGCCGCCGGGCACGCCUUCCUGUGGGUGCUCCGGCCGGACAUGGUCGGGGCGAGCCAGAGCGCCGCCCUCCGCGAGGCCGCCGCGGCGGCGGGGGACAGCAGGGCGCGCGUCGUGGAGUGGGCGCCGCAGCUGGACGUGCUGCGCCACCGCGCCGUGGGGUGCUUCCUGACGCACGCCGGCUGGAACUCGACGCUGGAGGCCGCCGGCGAGGGCGUGCCGACGGUGUGCUGGCCGUUCUUCGCCGACCAGCAGAUCAACAGCAGGUUCGUGGGCGGCGUGUGGAGGACGGGGCUGGACAUGAAGGACGUGUGCGACGCCGCCGUCGUGGAGAGGAUGGUGAGGGAGGCGAUGGAGUCCGCGGAGAUCAGGGCGUCGGCUCAGGCGCUGGCGCGGCAGCUGAGGCGGGACAUCGCCGAUGACGGUGGGUCAUCGGCGGCAGAGUUCCAGCGGCUCGUCGGUUUCAUCAAGGAGCUAAGCCAGAGCAUGGCGGACAGUAAGUCUGACGACCUCUUAACGGCGGGUAUCAGGAAUGCACUUAAUUAACAUUGUGUUAAGAUGUACUUAAUAAUACUUGUCGUUACAUACAAGUACACGGUCUCAAAAAAACAAUCUUGAUUAUUAUUUUCUAUAUAUAUAUGCACGUGUGUAUGACUGUAUGUACAUAUAUAUCAACAAAUAUAUAAUUUUAUAUUGAAGUA